CGUCUCACAGUGUGCGUCGUUUUCUCGGUCUCUCGUGCCGGUAAUCGCAAACUUCAAACGAAACGUAGUGGAAGCUGUGUACGAACAGGUCAACAUUCCGUGCGUCGGCUAGCUAACAGGACACGGUCGUCGCGACAUUUCGAGCAUUCCUAUCGAACGAAUUCACGAAUAGAGUCGAAGAAGGCGAAUCGUAGCGUCGGUGCGUCCCUUCGAAUCGGUAAAAAAUGUAGACUCGGUUCUCGCGUGAAUUUCGUGUGCGAUGUGCGUGCAAUCUACAGGUGAGAGGGAUAAUCGCGCGAACAAGUAAAAUCCUUGGAACGAAACGACGAUCUCCGCGAAUGUUGCUCGUGCGAGUCGUACACGUACCGCGAAAUGGUAUCGUGACGAACAAAUCGAGAAGACGCCAUCGGGAAGACAGUUAGUUUUUCGCAAACAACCGACCUGAAUCGUGUGUGUCGGUCUUUCGUUCGCAUCCCCACGGAAGACUGCAGGGAUCCCGAGGGAUAGACACUACGAGAUCGGUGUGUAACAGGGAUGUUCUAUUCUGAAUCGGUUUUCUAGAAAAUGGAUCCCAUUAGAGCCAUUGUCGAUUCUUCGAGCCGAUUAAUGCCCGAUUUAUCCAGCCAGAAAUCCGCCUUUGACCCGUCUAGUCUACCUUGAAGCAUGAGUUUGGUUCUUUUCAAAAUUCACAAUCGAACGUCCCCCAAAUGAGAGGCGAAUCGGAGGGAGUCUGCUGCGUCGAGGCUUAACGCGGAAACAAAGAUCGAUUGGUCGUUCGGCCAUCGAAUCGAGGAAACAGGAUCCUCGACACACGUCGGAUUUGUCGCGGUUAAACGAGGCGCGAAGUGCGCGCUCGGCGUCUCUCGAUCGUGACGCGAGUCGCGGUCGGUGGUUGGAGGACUCGACGAACCGAGGAUGGAGGACGAGCUGCGAUGCCCUCGUUGCAAGGAGUUGUUCGUGGAGCCGGUGCUGUUGCCUUGCUGGCACGCUCUUUGUCUGUCGUGCGCGGUGAAUCUUCAAGCGCCGCCAGAUUCGCCGCCGGAGUCGACGACCGAUUCCUCGAACGCCCCUGGAUCCGAUCAGGAAGCGGAUAAACUCUCGAUUCUGUCGGAGACCGAUUCCGGGGUGGUGUGCAGCAGCACGUCGACCAGCUCGCGACCCGGUAGCUACGUCGGCACGCCCGGAAACGGAGGUUUUCCGCCGUCCGGCGGCACGCUGUGUCUUUCCUGUCCCGUCUGUCAGAAAACCGUUUACUUCGAUGAGGGGGGCGCCCACAAUUUGCCCAAAUACAGGGCCAUGCAGCACAUCGUGGAGAAAUUUCAAGAAUCGAGGAACACGAGAAUGCUGUGUCAGAUGUGCGAGGGCGAGCCUCGUGACGCGACCGUCGCCUGCGAACAAUGCGAGGUGUUGUAUUGCGACGGCUGCAGGGAAUCCUGUCAUCCGAAGAGGGGACCUUUGGCGACUCACAAUCUGGGCCCACCUCGGGGCAGCUGGCAGUCGAACGGUGGCAAAGGUUCUCGCGGUGCAGGCGCGGAAUCUACACCGGUUUGCAACGAUCACAACGGAGAACCGUUGACCCUCUACUGUGCCCUCUGUAAAAUCGCGAUAUGCGCGCUUUGUCUUCGAGAUCGACACCAGGCGCACAACUACGACGUCCUGCCCUUGGCCGCUGCCUGCAAAGCGCAAAAGACGGAGCUCUCGCAAAAUUUGCAACAGCUGUCGGAGAGGGCACGCUCGACGACGGAAUUCAUUCAGAGGCUCAAAGGAAUGACGGACAAAGUGCACGAGGAGUGCGUGGCUUUGGAGGAGGAGGUGGAGGACAGGGUGGCGAAUCUGGUGAGCGUGCUGCAGGCGAGGAAGUCACGGCUGAUCGAAGCCGCCCGUCAGACCAGAGAGGCGAGGGUGCGCUCUUUGAGGGACCAAGUGACCAGAUGCGCCUCUCACCUGCAGGCGACCACUGCUCUUCUCACCUUCUGCAUCGAGGCGCUGAAGGAGACCGACAGCGGCGCCUUUCUUCAAAUCGGUGGCAUGCUCUCUGUCAGGGCGGCGACCGCCGCGGGCUCUUGGGGCGCUGCAGAGGGUGUCCAAGAAAUCGCGAGACUGCCGCUGCUGGAUCUCACCCUCGACGACAAACCUCUCCGGCGUGCUAUCGAUCAGCUCACCUUCGUCCAGCUGAAACCAUCCGAGGGAGAAGACCGAUUUCCAACUGCAGCUCCUGGGGCACCGUUAUUGAUACCUGAGGAAUGCAGCGCGGAGAACAACAGCGUGACGGUGGCCUGGCAGCCUCCGUCUGGACAUGGAAUCGUAGGUUGCGCGGGUCAAAGGGGUCCUGCUAUCGAGGGUUACCUUCUGGAACUGGACGACGGAUGCGGGGGAGAGUUCAGGGAAGUAUACUGCGGUCGAGAAACGAUCUGUACGGUGGACGGGCUGCACUUCAACUCUUUGUACAACGCCAGGGUGAGAGCGUUUAACAGCGCGGGGGAGGGCGAGUAUUCGGAGCUGAUCGGACUCCAGACUGCAGAGGUGGCGUGGUUUUCCUGGGCUACGGGGGCGUCCGGUAUACCACAGGAGGUAUCAAUUUCCGAGGACGCGAUGAGCGCGUCCUGCGAGGGCUACGAGCACCGCGUCGUCCUCUCGAGCGUCGGAUUUUCCCGAGGCGUCCACUACUGGGAAUUGACCAUCGAUCGUUAUCACAGCGACACCGAUCCAGCCUUUGGCAUCGCCAGAGCCGACGUGUCGCGGGAUCAAAUGCUGGGCAAGGACGACAAGGGUUGGAGCAUGUACAUAGACCGUCAGCGUUCCUGGUUCAUGCACGGCGGUGGCCACGCGCAGAGGACAGAAGGUGGCGUGCAACAGGGUUCGACGGUGGGCGUCCUCCUCGACCUGGACACCACGCACACGCUUCGAUUCUUCGUGAACGAUCAACCUCAGGGCGGGAUCGCGUUCCGUGACCUUUAUGGCGUCUUCUAUCCAGCGGUCAGCCUGAACAGAGGCGUCACGGUGACGCUGCACACGGCUCUGGACGUGCCGCGUCACCUCUUGGCGCUGCACGAAGAGUACAUAAGCGACAUAAUUCAGAGCUAGGGGUACCUAAACGUCCUGAAGAAGGGCCUGCUGCAAGAAGUCGGAUCACCCUGCGCGAUGGGCUUCGAGAGGCCCAGAGAGUUCGACGGUCAGCUGGAGAAGAUCGUCGAGGAGAGCCUCAGCGAGACAAACUGAUCGAUCCUGGGCCUCGUUUCGGAUCUUAAUUUAUUGUUUACUCGACGACGACUUUCGGAAGCAGAGGCUCGACUCCUGGACCCAUCGUAGACGAUGGGGUGUCCUGGUCUCGAGCGACGAACGACUUUUCAGUCGUCGACUGGUGUACGAUGAUCGGAAACGCGCUGUAAUUUCGUAAUAAACGUUCAACGACGCACUCUAACCUUUUUUGAGAGAUUUCGUAGAAAAAAAGUUGCAGAGGAUAGGACAGGAGAAUGGUCCUUUCCGAGACAAAUGAUCGGUGUUGACGACACUAUCGGCGAAACAGGGACGAACAGAACGAGCUGUUCUAAGAAGGAUGAUUACUCGACUGUGGGAUACUGAUUUUGACGAAACUCUGCGUACGGAUGAAGCUUCGAAAAAUAUUACGCGACUGUCGAUAAAUAAGAUUUAUUACAGCUCCAUCUGUCCGCGAAGUUUCGCUUAAAUCUGCGCUCUCUACAGUUGGGCGACGUUCCUUGCAAAUGUAGAAAACAAGUAUAAUCCUGCAUUUUUCAGAAGAAUCUCGAGAAGAGGAACUCUUUUGACGAUAACGAGCUUUCAGAUGCGCGAAACCUUCUCGGGUUUUGAUCUAGAGUCACUGCCAGUAGCGAGAUUUAUCGAAUCGAACACUGCCGUUUUCUUGGAACAGUGAGUAAAUGGAAGUGUUCUCCGUCUAGCGAUCGCGCGCGAUCGUAUUCUUAUCCAUAUCGACACGUAUAAGUGUAAUUGCAUAGGUGUAAGGUUAAGCUCUAUCGACAUAUUUAAUAAGACGCAUUUUCGAAUGGAGGAGAUGCAAUGCAAACAAGCACGUACGCACGCAGACUCGUCAAGCUUUAGUGUAAAAUAACGAAUCGAGUAAACGUUUUCUAGUCCCCGAUUGGAUCCUCUCACCCACAUUCUCAGCCAUUUUCUCACGCAGCUCAUCCUCCGCGUAAGAUCGACGCGAGAGAAGAGUGAGACAGCCACCUGCCCCUGUAGCUAGCUAAUUGUGAUCAGCGUGGCGGUCUUGUCGCCCUGUGACGUAUUCUAUGGGCGGAGCUUGUAGCAUUCUUCUCGCGCGCCGUCAGUAGCUCGUAUAUUCGCCCUUCUCAUCCCUUUCCGCAUUUUUUAAAUCGUUUUUGUACCUCGAAAUCGGCGAACGAACGUUGAACGCGACGAGAAAUGGAAAUUGAAGCUCUUUUAACCCUCUGAUGCAGAAUUUAACGUCGUACCCAGUGAAAAGAGCUCUCGAAAGAAAUGCUUGCAAGCCUUUGACGUAAAUAUCUUUAAAGAUCGCCAAGGAAAUUUUCCAGAACGUAGACAAUUAAGAAAUAAUUUCUUAACGAUUUAAAUAAAUGAAAUUCAUGCGAUAGAGGGUUAAAACGAAUGUUGCAGCACACACACCCUCGUGAAACCGCUCCUCCCAGCGACGAGGAGGAUCAACGCCAACGUUGUACAUAUUUGUAUAUAAAUACUUCGAUUGUACCGCCGACGAUGAAUUUGCCAAUUGUAUUUACAACUAUAUCCGAUCAAUAAAACGCACCAAAAA